GAAGAUAAUAAUUGUAAGAUAAGAAACAAGUUGAAUAGAUAAUACCUUCAGUACCUUUAUACUUCAUACUCAGAGCAGUAUAAUCAGUAAAAGGAAGAUAUAAGAAUGAAGUUGAUUGUUUUGUUCGCCCUGGUCGGGGCUGUAACCUGCUCCUGCAGCUCAGAGAGUACUGACCCGGUGUCCGCGGGGGAUGCCGCAAACUACAGAGAGUCCUGUGUCAAUGCUCUCUCUGGUCAAGUAAGGAUGGAGUUUGAAGCUAGUCUUCAAUAUUUACUCAUGGCUGCUCAGUUUUCUCAGGACAACUACAACCUCCCCGGUGUUGCUGGCAUGUUCUGGGAGCAUGCUGACGAAGAAAGACAGCAUGCCAAGGAGUUUAUCAGUUAUCUUCGAAUGAGAGGACAUCAUGAUAAUGAUUUCUUCGGGGAUGCUCCCAUAAAACCUAUCCUAGGCAAGAAUACUUGGGAAAAUGUCUCUGAGGCUCUACGAGAUGCUCUAGCUAUGGAGAAGGCCGUGAGUGGGAGUAUGAAGAGAAUGAUUGAUAUAUGUAUGCAGGAAGGUGAAGAUGACCCACAUGCAGUAGACUGGUUGACCGGAACCUGGUUAGAGGAACAGCUCAGCGGUCAGAGACAUCUGGCGGGACUUAUUAACACUCUGGACAGAUUCAGUGUUGGCCAUGGAGACUUUGCCGAAUGGAUGUUCAACAAAGAAUUGUAAAACCACAACAUGAUGUAGUUCAAGAACUAAGUAGAAAAAUAAGGAUGCGAUAAAAAUGUUGAAUUCGAUUUAAAAAUAAAAAUUAUACCUUUCCUCUCAAA